AAGUCGAUUCUGCAUAGAACGAAAAGACCGCCGGCCACUUGUUUUGGCGGCAUUCGAAAUAAGUCUGCGUACCUGUUAAAACCUCCGAAUCGUUUAGAAAUAUUUCAAAAAUAUACAUAGACUCAUUUUUCUUCGGGAUUUCAAUAUUUUUUUCCGUUGUAAUGGCGCUAUCGGUCCGAUGGACAUUGACGGUAAUGUCGUUGACGUUUUCAGUAGCAGCAGCUACUACGCCAGGAGAAGUCGGGCGGCGGUCGGCAGUGGACAAACGACAGGCGCCCACGGAAGGCGAUUUUGCCGACAGGUCGUCGGACGGAUCGUACGCGUUCCGGUACGCUGACAGAAACCAGUUCCACUCGGCCGCCGCUAAUAAGGACAAUGUUGUAUCCGGAAGAUUUGGCUCCAGAAGUCCCGAAACAGGACGAAUCGUGCAAACGUCGUAUUCGUCCGGCCCUCGCGGUUUUCGCGCACGAGGACCAGAUAUUGCCAGACAGACAGAUCUAUCGCAAAUCCGUUUGCCUUACAACCCACCUGUGCCCACAGAUUCUUCCAAAUACGAUCCGGCCUAUGACCGAUAUUACGACCCAAACGAAGACCCGAGCUACAAGUUCACCGUCCGAACGCCCACACAAUCGAAAUCCGAAACUGCCGAUUCCAGAGGCCACGUCGAAGGCGUAUAUUCAUACUUAGACGAUGUUGGCAAGAGACACGAUGUACAGUACGAGGCGGGAGCCGGCACCGGAUUCCACGUCAAAUCGGCGCACCCAGAUUCAGACACGUAUGGAGGCGUGUUCUACAGCGGUCCUCCCGGAAAGCCCGGCGGCCGGCCGCGUGGCCACUCGUCUGUCGUGCUGGGCAAGGACGGCUCGUACGGAUUCACUGCAUCCGGGCCGGACCAGCGGCGGUCCGAAGUGAGCGAUUCAAAUGGGCGCGUUCAGGGCUCGUACACUUACGUGGACGACAAGGGCGUCCAGCGGACGGUGCAGUAUGUGGCCGGGCCCAACAUCGGGUACCGGGUAGUCAACAACGCCGCGGCCGGCGGCGCGGCCGCGGCCCCAUCACUGCCGGGCAGCAGCGUCGUCGUCGGCGGGGUCGGUGGCCUGGUAGUGCCCGUGCCGCCUUCCGCAUUGCCACCGCUGUCGUUGAUCUCGUCGUCGUCCACGCCGUUGUCGCCAAUCGCUUUCGAACCGCAAGACCUGUUCGGGCCCGCGGCCAGCACAUCUGCACCAUCGCUGCCCGACCGCCGGCGGCCCGAGUCGCCGGUCAAAGGCUUCGGCGGUGGCGGCGGCGGCGGUGGCAGCGGCCUGUCCGACGAAUUUCUGUCGCCGGACAGCACGCUUCCUCUCGGUUCGGCAUUCCCGGAAGACGAUCCCGCGCUGCCGCCCAAGAAAUGGCCGACCACGUAUAAGAACAAAGACGAAGAGUCGUUCUUCCAGUCGUUCGAAAAAUUCGACAAGCGUAGGGAACAACACGGCCCGCCGAAGAAAGGGGGGUAUCACGCGGUGCCGGCGGACACGACGUCUUCCUACGGCCAGUCGACGACCAGCGCGUUCGGCCUUCUCCAAUUGCAGUCGUCAACCGGCAGGCCGAUCGGGCCGCCGGACACGUCGUACGGCCAACCGUCCCGGCCGAUAGUGGUGGACGACAAAUACGGCCAGUACGGCGGCACCGACUAUCAGAAACCCAAAGACGACGGCGGCUCGAACGCUUUCGGCGGGUUCCCGACCGGCGCCGUGGUCAAGGCUCACGUUCAGAGUUUGGACAUACUGCCGUUCGGAUACAGGGUGCCGUCGCCGUCAUAUGUUCUGGAAAAGCAGUUUGGCAACGAUGCAGACGAUUUGAAUUCGAUCAAGAAAUAAAACGAUUUACGGCCAUAAAUUUACAUUUACGGUCUUGAGCGAUAAUUAUAGGUAUAUAUAUAUGCGUAGUAGGUAUAAUAUCCUCACCGCAAUAAGGUUUGUUAUUUUUCAAACGCAUGUAUAUUGUUCUUAAUUUCUGAAGAUUUUAUAAUAUUAUAAUAUAUUGACUAUUAUCGACGUAAUAUUAUAUUAUUGAUUGGCGAGUGUCAUAAUAUAUUGCUAGCGUAUUGUUCCAAAAGUGUAUUAUUACAAUAUUAUAGAUAAAUAGCGUAUAAUAUGCAUUUUUUACAUACGAUUGUAUAUUAUUAUUAUGUCAUAGUUUUAUUAUUGAACAUGAUUAGAUUAUAAGAACGAAUAAAUUAUAAUAAUAUAUCUUAAGAAGGCCACUAGUAGCUCGUAGUAAUUAGUAAUUAGGUACUAGUAUAAUAAACGUGCACUAAACAAUAAUAUAUAAUA